AUGUAUGUGUAUGUAAAGGACAUUGUUCAAUCGAUUGUGUCUGGAUCGAAAGAUUAUUUUACAAUUGAUCAAUACGAAGAUUUCAUUGUACCCUGUAAACCAUCACAUCCGAAUGUGAAGAUGAAGCUUUGUAGUCCUGUAGAUGAAGUCUGUCUUAUAGAACAUGAUCCGAAGAAGGGCUUCACUGUAAAAGCUGAAAGCUUCAAUAUUAGAACCUUAGAAUUUAACUUUGACAUGAAACCGAUGCAUAUUUUCAUUAUCAUCAUGAUAUCAAUGAUGGUACUGUUUUUGGGUGCCUAUGCCGUAUUUUCGUUACUCUAUUAUAAGAAGAGGAAACAAGUGCGAGCAUUGCAAGCAGAGGAAUUAGCCACAAUGCUGAAUGGUGAUCUGGACAGUUACAGCCCUACAAGGACACUAAACGAGCAGACAGAUCGACUACCCUAUAACAUAGAAUAUGAAUUUCCUAAAGAAAAGCUCAUCCUUCACGAGCAUUUAGGGCAGGGUGCGUUCGGAGUUGUUGUGAAAGGAACAGCCUUCGGUAUUGCCGUGCAUGAAGCGGAAACUAUAGUUGCGGUGAAAAUGGCGAAGAUAAAAUAUGAUAUCGAAGCUAUACAAGCACUCGUCGCAGAACUUAAAAUGAUGAUCCAUUUAGGGCAGCACCUAAACGUGGUCAAUCUGCUUGGCGCUGUUACCAAAAACAUCGGAAAUCGUGAGCUAAUGGUGAUUGUAGAAUACUGUCCGUUUGGAAAUUUACUGAAUUUCCUCCGUAACAAUCGGGAUUGUUUUAUUGACGAAAUAAAUCAACAAAGUCAUAGGUAAGUAAACUAGCGAUCAUUGCUCGCAAAGCUAGCUGACUUAUAUUGUGGUAGGUCGCUUAAGAAGCUUACCUUACACACGAUACAUCAAUAACGAUUGUAAAACAUUGUAAAAUAAUAGAUUAUCAUUCAUCUUCAUUCAUUAUUUUUGUCUAUCAGUGGCAGUGAAAUAGGUUUUCAGCCAUCAACAUCAUACACCUCCCGUACAGAGUCAUCGGAUAGUGACAGAACCAUCAGCACCACCGAUCUCAUCUGCUGGGCAUUCCAAAUCGCCACCGGAAUGGACUAUCUGGCAUCACGCAAAGUACUGCAUGGAGAUUUGGCUGCCAGAAAUGUUCUCCUAAGUAAGGAUAAUGUAGCGAAGAUCUGCGACUUUGGAUUAUCACGUUCUUUGUACAACGGUGAUAAAUACAAGAAAAAUAGUAAGUCACCCCUUCCUGUGCGGUGGCUUGCACUUGAAUGCUUCAGCGAUGGCCUAUUUAGCACCUAUUCAGACGUUUGGGCAUAUGGUAUCUUGCUGUGGGAGCUGUUCUCACUGGGCAUGGUACCAUAUCCUGGAAUAGAAGUCAACUCAGAUUUCUACAAAAUGCUGCGGGAUGGAUUUCGAAUGGAAUGCCCGGCAUAUUCAAAUCAGGAUAUUUAUGACAUUAUGCUGAGUUACUGGAAGGUGAGACCAGACUCACGACCCUCAUUUAUAGAACUCAGAAGUCACUUCAGUGCUAUGCUGGUCCAGGAAACGCAGGAUUAUUACCUGGCCCUGAACGAACCGUAUCUAGCAAUGAACGCCAUUCGAAUAGAUCCAUGCGACAGGGAAUACGUCUCCUGUUUCAAGCUGCCAGAAGCGGUUGCUCCCCUGGUGCCAGGUUGA